GGCCUGUCUGGGGCAGUGCUUCAGCUACAGUGUGCCCAACACCUUCCCCCAGUCCACAGAAUCCCUGGUGCACUGCGACUCCUGCAUGCCAGCCCAGUCCCUGUGGGAGGUGGUCACACUGGACUGCCCCGGGAACAAGGAGAUGCCCCGCGUGGACAAGCUAGUGGAGAAGAUCCUGCACUGCAGCUGCCAGUCUUGCGGCAAGGAGCCCGUCCUGGAGGGGGCGCUGUUCAACGUGUACCUGAACCCCCCCGCCCCCCCCCCAGCCUGGCCACGGCCACCACCACCUGGAGAGAGCGGGGCAGGGGGAGGGGGAGAGCGAGCAUGCUGCCCUGCCAACACACACUGAGAAACAAGAGCACUAGACCCCUCACCCCCUCCCUCCCUCCAUCCCUCCUCUGAACCCCUCCUCCCUCCCUCUGUCCCCCUCCUCCAUCCCUCCCCUCACCCCCUCCCUCCCUCCCUCCUCCAUCCCUCCCUCCGUCGCCUCCCCUCACCCCCCUCCUCCCUCCAUCCCUUCCCUCACCCCCUCCUCCGAACCCCUCCUCCCUCCCUCCCCUCACCCCCUCCCUCCCUCCCCUCCUCCCUCCCUCCCUCCGUUGCCUCCCCUCACCCCCUCCCUCCCUCCAUCCCUCCUCUGAACCCCUCCUCCCUCUGUCCCCCUCCUCCGUCCCUCACCUCACCCCCUCCCUCCUCCAUCCCUCCCUCCGUCGCCUCCCCUCACCCCCUCCUCCCUCCAUCCCUUCCCUCACCCCCUCCUCCGAACCCCUCUUCCCUCCCUCCCCUCCCCUCCUCCCUCCCUCCGUUGCCUCCCCUCACCCCCUCCUCCCUCCAUCCCUGCCCUCACCCCCUCCUCUGAACCCCUCCUCCCUCCCUCCAUCCUCCUCUUUCCUCCUCCAUCCCUCCCUCCCUCCCUCCCCUCUGUCGCCUCCCCUCCCUCCCUCCGUCACCUCCCCUCACCCCCUCCUCCCUCCGUCCCUCCCCUCACCCCCUCCUCUGAACCCCUCCCUCCCUCCGUCGCCUCCCCUCCCUCCCUCCCUCCCCUCAUCCCCUCCCUCCCUCCCUCCAUCCCUCCCCUCUCACACCUCUAACAUUCACGGUUGUAUUCAAACAUUUUCAACAGGUUAGAGUCUAUAUUCAACUUCUGUAUUUCCUUCUUGAUGAAAAAAAGUAACAAAAUUGGUAUAAAUGUAUAAACAAAAUUCUAAAUGAAGAAAAUUAAUAAACCGUUCUUCGUUCUGCUUAGUAAAGGUUUGAUGCAGGAAUGGAUUUGCAUGCAGCUGCAGCCCAGAGAGAGCCAGGUUUAGACGAAGCAGAUACCACAGAUGACCACUAGAGGGCAGGGGCCUCACAGGAACCACUUGACAGACCGCCAGAGCCGCCGGGGCGCUGCAGGGCAGGCGAGAGCUCCGAGCUGGGGGAUUGAAGGGUCAGGAUGAGGCUGUUUUAAACGGGAGAGUCACAUAUGUGGCUUUAUUCAGUGUCAUGGCUGCAUUCCAUGACAAGCACUGGGGGAUGUUAAGGCUUGCUUGCAAUGAGACAGGCCGGUUUCGUGCCAGUCUGUGCAGGGUUAACAUGCUGUCUGACUCCGGGUUCUCCUCGCCUGCAGGCGGCAGCAGCAGCAGCGAUGAGAAGCAGGACGAUGCACAGCUAAGGGUCGCUUUCACUGUUUCAUUUUUAGACACCGGCUGUAGGGUUAGGGUUAGAAAUCUGCAUUAGAAACGAGAACUCAGAGACACUCAGCACGGUGACAAGGCGCGGGGGAUAGGGUUGCUAUGGUGACUAGGGAUACAGAAAUGGAGUGAAAGCCUUGCCUUGAAGUCCUGUCACUGACUAGCGAUUCAUUAGCGUAGGUUAACAAGAGAUCAUUACUUCAUUCAUUCUUGUAAAAAUGACAGUUUGUAUGAUCUAUUCCACGCUGUAUGCAGUAAUUAUUAGUAAAAUAAAUAAACACAUGAGUUGCUUUUUAAAAAUGA